AUGAAGAAGAAACUCGGAGAGGCAAAAGGACUGUGGCUGGAAAUACUCCUAGAAUUAUUAUCGGCGCACAGAAAUACCCCGAAGACGAGCAUAGGAGAGACAUCUUAUUCUCUAGUCUAUGGAACAGAAGCAGUUAUACCAGUCAAAGUCGGAGAAGCCAGUCUGAGCUUCAUGGACAAGGAUAAAGCUUUAGAAGCACCAAGAAAGCCAUUCACAAGGUCUCAAGCUAAGGAGAAGCAAGACAACGUUGUUGGGCUUCAAUGGGAGAUCAAGAAAGCGCUAAUGGUGGAAGAAGAGCUCAAGAAUUAUGGAGAGGAUUUAGCUAAGUGCUACACUCAUUUCAUGGUCCAAGUCCAAGUCCAAGAGGAGGUAGAUUGGGGUCCAAGCACCAGCCAAGGAGGGCCUAAAUUAGGCGCCUAA